GCGACGGACCGGUCGGGGGAGUGUUUCCACUUUCCCUUGAUAAUAAAAGUCUACAACCCCAAGGACAGAAAGAAAACCUUCUACGGAAAAGUCGACCAUUCUGAGCCCAACAAGAGGGUGAAGUGUCCCCCGGUCCCGGACCUGGCCUGCCGGGAUCUGAACGGGAGCUACAGCUGGUUUAAGGAUGGAAACCUCCUGCAUGGAGAGAGUGAACCCUUUGUAAUGGUGAAUGAAGCCACCAAAGAGGACGAGGGCGAGUACACCUGCACCUGCACAUGGACUCACAACCACAGGACCCACAACUCAUCAGGAACCAGGACGAUGAUUGUUAAAGAAAGAGUUUUCUAUGAUGAGAUUAAGAUCCUGGCUCCUACUAACAGUGAGCAGUUUGCAGAAGAAGGCCUCGGGAUCAGACUGAACUGCUCGGUGUUCUGUGGCCUGAACCUGAAACAGGACUGCGAUGCCAAGUGGAGGAUUAAAGGAGAGGAUCUGGACCAGCUGGACGGAUACAAUCAAACCACAAAGAUGGUGACUGAUGAGACCUCGAAGCGAACGAUAUCCGACGCCGUCCUUCACAUCCGAUCCGUUUCGGCUGAGGAUUUCCGGCGCGAGUUCCAGUGCGUCGGGACGGGCCUUUACGAGACCAAAACCCUCUCCCUGACUCUCAAACGCAAAGAGUCGGCGGUUUUUCUGAUAGUCGGGGGGGUGUGCAUGCUGCUGGUCUGCCUGUUCUGCGCCGUCCUGAUC